AUGAAGGAGAAUACACUGUUGGCCAGGGCUCUUUAUGACAACCAUCCUGACUGCUCCGAUGAGCUGGCCUUCUCCAGAGGAGACAUCCUGACCAUUUUGGAGCAAAAUGUGCCGGAAAGCGAGGGCUGGUGGAAGUGUCGGCUGCAUGGGAGGCAGGGCCUGGCCCCUGCCAACCGCCUCCAAAUCCUCCUGGAGGCCCCUGAGGAUAGAUCCUGUCCCCCAUUCCCAGGAGGCUUGGAAAAAACCAUCACUAACUCAGAGGAGACCUACCAGGUGCCCACAGUGCUGCCCACUCCACCCCCAGGCCCUGUGUAUGAGCCGAUGAAGAGCUGGGUGGAGGAGCCUCUGCCACUUGCUGCCCAAGUCUACGAGUUCCCUGACCCACCUCCCACCGCCAGAAUCGUCUGUGAAAAGACUUUAAGCUUUCCAAAACAGACCCUCUUUGUGCUUCCCAGACCUUCGAGGGCCUCGCUGCCAGCCCUGCCUUCCCAACUGUACGACGUGCCCGUGCAGAGCCGGGUCCCCUCGGCCCUUAAGGAGCCGGAGAAGCAGCAGUUAUAUGACAUACCGCCCAGUCCRCAAAAGGCAGCACUCCACCUUCCAGCCAGCCAAGCAGGCGACAUUCCUCUGAAACCAGUGUUGGCAUUUAGAAGAGAGGGCUGCAGCACAUUGCCAAACCCUCAGAAAUCAGAAUGGAUUUACGACACUCCAGUGUCUCUGGGCAAGGCCAAUGUCAGAAAUGCAUCUCUAGCCAGCUUCGUGGAAGAAGCAGGGCCAAAUGCUGUCCCCAGUUCGAGCUCUACUUUCCAUAGACCUCCAGAUACCAAAGUCAGGAUCCUCCCUUCACAGCCAAGUAAAAAGGUGCCCACGAAGAAGAAUCCCAGCCUUUCAGAUGUCCCUUCCUACACCAUCCUAGUGCCCAGGAACACACUCUCUUCAGAUGCAGGCGCCAGCUACAAGGUGCCUUCCAGCUUUCUGAUUCCCCGAGUGGAGCAGCAGAACACCAAGCCCAAUAUUUAUGACAUCCCUAAAGCAAUGCCAAGUGCGUCCCAGGCAGGGAAAGAACUGGGAAAAGCCAAGGAGGUUCCAGAGAACCCCCGGGUCCACAAUUCCUUCGAGUUCCCCAGACGAAAAACUUCCCUAUCUCCAGAACCAGACAGAUCAUCCAUUGCCAGCUCGGACAGCAGAGCCAGUGUGGUUUCUUCCUGCUCCUCCAUAUCAACUGACUCCUCCUCUAGCUCCUCCUUGGAGGAGUCAGCCAAGGAGCUCUCCCUGGAUCUGAACUUAGCCAAAGAGACAGCAAUGAGCCURCAGCACAAAGUGGUCAGCUCUGCAGCAAGCCUGCUGCUCUUUGUAAGUAGGAAGUGGAGGUUCCGAGACUCUCUGGAGGCCAACAUUGAUGGGAUCCACAGGGCUGCUGACCACAUAGAAGGAGCUUUAAAAGAAUUUCUGGAUUUUGCCCGAGGAGUUUAUGGGUCAACCUGCAACGUCACUGACAGUCAUCUUAGGGCCAGAAUUCGAGAUCAGUUACAGACAAUCUCCAAUUCCUACCAGAUCCUGCUAGAAGCAAAGGAAAACCUGGACAGCUGCAAUUGGUCCCUYGAAGUUCUUGUGACAGACAAAGUUCAGAACAGCCUCGAUGACCUUGAGAGGUUUGUCAUGGUGGCACGGAUGGUUCCAGAAGAUGUCAAGAGAUUUUCCUCCAUUGUCAUUGCCAAUGGGAGGCUGCUCUUUAAGGAGAAUUGYGAAAAAGAAGAGACUAUCCAGUUGUCCCCAAAUGCAGAAUUUACGUGUAAAAAAGGCAUCCAGCUUCCACAAAGAGAAGUAGAAUCAUMCCAAAAGAGUGCUCCUUUUAAUAAAGCAAGGGAAAACUACCAUUCCCCAGAAGUACUUAAGAAAAAUGGGACAAGUGCUUCUGAACAGAAUCCUGGCUCUCUUGUAGCCCAGCCUUUGACUCAGCAGAACCCUGGGAGGAAAGUGCACCUUUCUGAACACUGCCGCCUCUAUUUUGGGGCGCUCUUCAAAGCCAUCAGCGUAUUCCACAGCAGCCUCAGCAACAGCCAGCCUCCAGAGAUCUUUAUCACUCAGAGCAAGCUGGUCAUCAUGGUGGGGCAGAAGCUGGUGGACACUCUGUGCAAGGAGACCCAGGAGAAGGAUGUGCGUAACGAGAUCCUCUGCAGCAGCAGCCACCUUUGCGGGCUGCUGAAGGACCUGGCACUGGCCACCAAGAAUGCAGUUCUCAAGUACCCGAGCCCUGCAGCCCUGGGGCACCUCCAGGCUGAGGCCAAGAAGCUGGAGCAUCACACAAGACAAUUCAGAGGGACGUUGGAUUGA